UGUAGAGGAGACAGGGCGAGGACCUACAAGACCAUCUCUUCAAAAGUAGCAGGAUUUUCCAGUAUAGGCAUUGACUCUGGGUGGACAAGAAAAGCCGAUAUGGAGCUGAGUAAUGACACUCUGCCAAACUUGAUUGCGGAUUAUGGGAAUUUGAGUUUCAGUGACCUAUGGGAUUCAAUCUUCAACCUCACAGUAGUAGAUGACAGCGAAGAUACCACGUAUAUUUUCUCUACUAUAUUUGAACACAUACCCACCAUGUGCAUCAUAUGGUACAGCAUCACUUUAAUUUUGGGGGUCAUCGGAAAUGCUUUGGUCAUCUGGAUUGCCGGCUUCAGGACAAGGACUGUCAAUGCCGUGUGGUUUCUCAACUUGGCCAUCGCAGAUUUCAUCACAUGCAUCUCUCUUCCUUUACGUAUUUCAGAGUGGGCUUUGUACUGGGAAAUCAACUAUGAUCAUUUCUUGUGUAAAACUGGUAUUACUAUUUUGUUCAUAAAUAUGUUAUGUAGUGUGUAUUUUCUAACCGUCAUCAGCAUUGAUCGAUGUGUCUGCGUUUUAUGGCCAGUAUGGACUAAAGCUCACAGGACUCCUCGUUUGGCCACCAUCAUUUCCUUACUUAUUUGGCUGUUGACUCUUAUUUUAAGCGUCCCUUAUGUAGUAUUUAACCAUGCUUUCGAUUAUGUUACUGAGUGUUUUCCGAAAUAUGCUGAUGUUUAUGAAACUCACACAUUGAAGAAAAGAUAUGCCAUGUUCAUCACCAAAAAUAUUUGCAUGUUCGCUGUUCCCUUUUCCGUUAUUCUUCUCUCAUACUCAACACUUUUUUUCCAGCUGAGAAAAAUUAGAAGAUCCAGUAAGUUGCAAAGGCCUUUUCGAGUCAUCACCACUGUCAUCAUAAGUUUCUUCAUCUGCUGGUUUCCAUAUAACACAUGGCCAUUAGUACAAAUCAGUUUUAGAUACUGGAAAACAGAUAUGGUCAUCACAGAAGUCACUGUCUGCCUGGCUUACUUUAGUAGUUGUAUCAACCCCAUUCUUUACAUUUUAUUUUCCCAAGAUUUCCAAAAACACUUUGUAAAGUCCAUACCGACCAUGUUGGAGAAACUUUUUAAUGAAAGGUCAGAUAUUGACUGUGGAGUCAAUACAGCUAUCACCAUGUCUAAAACCGUAAACCAUGUUUCUUCAAUCUUAUGAAUGAUGUAGGAAUACAUUUUUGUACAUUU